GCGAAUGUUUAUUUUUAAUGCAUAAAAAAUAAAAUUUAUUAAAUUAUAUUCUAAUGGCUUUUUUGGAAAACACUAAAAAAACUAUUUUUUAAGGAAUAUUAUUCAUGUAAAUGACAGCAAUGUCCAGAGAAAACAACCAAAAUUCUGUACAUAUCGAUAGUGUCGACGUCGACGGAUUAGAAAAGGAGUGCAUUUUAAAAAGUAAUGAAAAUAGCGAUUCGGGUGUAGAUACUGGAGAACUGAGCUCCUCUACAACUAACGUGUCUUCAGAUUCGGAGGUCUGUCCGCUUAAAAAUUCAGAUAAACCCAUCUCUGAAGAUGAAAAAAGCAAAAACUCGGACUGUACCGAAAAUGAAAGUUCCCUCACUCCAGCUUCUAUAUCGCCCAUCGAAGCGGUUGAAAACAUAAAUCCAGAUGAUCCAUUAAUGACUGAAACCACGGACCACUAUCUCACAUCUAAUAAAAAUUAUUUUGAAAGUGAUGAAGAAAAAAUUAGUAAUAAUUCAGAAAGCACUUCAAACAUUCCUGAAAAUGAACAAUUAGAUGCUUCUAUGUAUAUGAAAUCAGAUUUAGAUAAUGUCCAUAGAAAUUUAGCAAUGUCAACUGUUAGCUUAAAUGAGCCUAAUAAAAACCAAGAAAACAUUAUAAUGUGUAAAUCACCAUAUAGUAAAAGUGCGGAAAAUGUUUGUAGUUUAGAAGAACCAGAAGUUAACAAUCUAAAUUCUAACCCAAAUAUAGACACUGGUGAAAUUUUGUCAGAAUAUACAAAUCAAAAAUCUAAAAUCAGUGCCACACAGAAGAUAUCAGAAAAUCAACAUGAUACAAAACACAGUCGCUUACCAAAGGAGAUUUUAUCCCAAGAUUUGGGUAGUAUUGUUAAAAAUGUACAUGGAAUCUUUUGGUCAGUUAGUGGCAACAUAAAAAACGCGUACACACAACGAGUAUCUCAAAAGGUUCCUGUGAAAAAUUUAAAACCAAUACUUAAUGGAAAAGUUAUGAACGACAUAUUUGAAAAUACUGUUGGCAAUGAAAUAUUGAUUUCUGAUAAAAAUAUAAUUAACGAAGAGAUAAAAUCAAAUCCAGAGCCAAAGGUAGAAGUUAAUGGGGAAUCUGAGGAUGUGAAGAAAGAUGUGUUGAAGUUACAAAUUGAAUCUUUGGAGAGAAUGCUGUCGGAACAACGUAAGGAGAAUGUUGUGCUGCGGGAGAGAGUGAAACAACAUGUUGAUGAGUUGAAUUUAAAAGACCAGACGUUCAAAGAAUUAGAGGCUAAACUUGAUGUGAUGGGUAAGAAAGUAGAGCAAGCUCAGAGGGACGCGGAUGCUGCAGUGAUGCGGUACGCGGGUGCGGAGUGCGCUGCCAUCGAGGGCAGGAAGGCUGCGGAGGCUGCAAAGAAAGCCCAGCAAGCAGCGCUCGCUGAAUGUGAACUGCUCUCCGGAAAACUGAAGAGUGCACAUUCUGAGAAACAGAGGAUAUGUCAGUUGUAUGAUGAUAAGUGCCAUGAGUUACAAAACAGCGAUCGAGAGACGAACAAGUUACGUGAGGAUCUUAAGGAAUUAGAAGGCAGAUUAAAAUGGACGCAGAGUAAACUCCGCAUGGAAAUGGACGCAUAUAAGGAGAGUUCAGAACGUGCGGAGAAGUUGUCCCAGCAAGUGGCGGAGCUAGAAGCUGGGAGAGACGCGGCCGCGGCCGGCGCUACUGACUCCGCCAGAGCUAAAGUAUUAGAAUGUGAAGUAAAGGAGAGUCAAGCUGCGUUAAUUCUGUGCCGACACGAGAGAGAUGAGUUGGAGAAGAAGUUGAGUUCGGUCUCUCUGCAGCUGGAGUCCUGCAGGAGGGAGAGGGACGACGCGACAGCUGCCCUCUCUACUGCCAAUGACGAGGUGUGUGCGCUGCGGGCGCACAACGCACGACUGGAGCAGGAAGCGGCGGAGCUGGCGGCGUUGCGCGCGCAGGCCGCGCUCGCAGACACGCUCAGCUCGCAGCUGCAGAGGGAGACGGAGCGCGCGUCGCAAGCGGAGGAGUCUCUAAGCCGGGAGCGCGCGCGUGCGGAGACGUGCGCGCGGCGCGAGGCGGCGGCGCUGGAGCACGCGGCGCGCCUCACCGCGCAGCACGUGGCGCAGCGCGCGCGCACCAACGAACACCACGCGAAGGCGCAGGCAUUAUCCGCCGACAACGUGUCAUUACGUGAACGAGCUGAAGCGUUGGAGAGUGAGGCUGAGAAACUGCGCACUUCACUCGCUGACGAGGCUGAUAGAAGACAACGAGAGAACAGAGUGCUCGCGAGGAAGGUGGCAGAAUUGACGGAAGAAGUAGCAGAAGUGAACAAGAGAUUGGAGUGGGAGAAAGGAGAGAACAGCGUGCUCAAGAAGAAACAUUCCAGUGCCAUAAAGGAACUAAAUCGUGAACUGCAAAGAGCUUUGAAACGCAGCGAGCAACUUGAAGCAAGGCUGCAGAACGACACCGCCUCAAAUAGAACAGGUUCCGUAACUUCGUUGAGCAGUGGCGAGGGCGCGCAAAGCGAAGAGCGCGCUCAGAACGGCUUGCCCGACCCACUUCCAGAUGUACAGAUAAAAUAUCCAAGUUUUUUUGAAAAACUUUUCGUGAAGAGCCGCGAGCCGGAGCGGCAGGCGCUGAUAGAGCGCAUAGUGUGCCUGCAGCGGGCGGCGGCGCGCCGCUCCGAGCGCUGCGAGUUCCUGGAGGAGCACGCGCGCCAGCUGACGGCGGAGCUGCGCGGCAAGGCGCGCCUGCUGCGCCACCUGCUGGCCGCGCAGCCCGCCGGCGCCGUCGCCCCCAGCGCCAGCGACCACAACAAGAAGGAGAUAGCGAUGCUGGGCGGGGGCGCGAUGGCGGCGCUGUGGGGCGGCGACCCCGCGGGCCUGACGCCGCAGCUCUCGCUGGAGAUGAACCGCCGGCUGCAGGCGCUGCUCGAGGACACGCUGCUCAAGAACAUCACGCUCAAGGAGAACAUUGACACACUGGGCGAGGAGAUCGCGAGGUUAAAAGCUGACAAACAAGCCGAGAACUGAUGAAACAAAUAUAAUUGUUAUAAUGUGUUAAAAUACAAUUUACUUAAAUGUGUAAAUACGUUAAUACCAACAAAUCCUAUUAACACUAUAGUAUACACCAAUGGCCUGAAUUUGGUCCCCUUUCCCUUUCCGUCCUUUUCUUAAGAGGAAAGGAUGGGAAGGAAAAGUGGAUUUGACGGUAAAGGAGAUGCAUAGAAAGGGAAA